AGGAGCGUCAAAACAUUUAAAGCAAGACCGAAAGGAAAACGCGCUCAGAAUGAAGACUUGAAUCUCGAGAGAAUUUUGUUUUUGUUUGUUUGUGUUUUUCAUGUAAGGACUAUUUCAGGAAUCUGCAACGCAUUAAAAACCAGGAAAGAAAAGAAAGUGCCGUCCGGCGUCGCUCCCCGUGUGUCAGCGCGCUGAGGUAUCCUGGAUGAGCGCAAAGUGUCAGCUUCAGCACCCGAGCAGAGGACAGCUCCGCUCUGUCGGCUCCUUUUUGGACCUCCAGUCCAAAAACUCUCCUUCGGCUUCUGAUGUCCACACUUGGAGUUUGACACUGUGCGCCCCACACGAGCCGGGAAGAAGCGUAAAAGGAAGAUCCAGUGACGGAGACCGACUGUGUGCUCAAUAUGUACCAGGGGCAUUUACAGGGGAAAGACUCUAGGGCUGCAGAUAAGACUGUUGCCAUGGUCCUGAAGGAGAUACCAAGUAAGGCGUCAUCAGAAGGGAAGCCCCUCCUCACAGUGACUACCAAGCUGGUGAGUGAGCAACAAGAGAGCCGCCCGCUUCUAAGCCCGUCUAUCGACGAUUUCCUCUGCGAGACCAAGUGCGAUGGGGUUUCCCGCCCAGUUACUUCCAACACAGCCGUUCUCUCUUCAACUCUGGACCUGCUAGAUCUCAGCGAACCCGGAGAGAGGAGAAACAGCAGGGACAGGAAGAGCGCCCUGUUGUCCCAGGGAGACAGCCAGAAGAACAGCUCACACAGGAAAAAGACGGAUGAGACAGAGCUGAUCCAGGUGGAAGUUGAACACACGGGACCAAGCAUGCGGACCCCAGAGAGGGCAUCACUGGACUCAGUUACAAUCGGCUCACUGGAUAAAUGGGAAGAAUUGAAUCCCAACCCUGAAAGAAACGCCAACAGAAAAUGGAAGCUGGAGAGACGACGUUCUUCUAAAAAUUCCUCUAACGAGUUUCUGUGGUCCAUAGAUUGUAAAACACAGACAGACUCGUCUAACAAGAAUACGCUGGAAACAAACACCAAACUGGAACCAGAGUCUGCGCUGGCGUCACAACUCAACAGGCAGUAUAUUAGUGGAAGACAUGCUCGCCUAACGAAGGAGCAGCGGUGGGGGAGCGCGCUCCUGUCCAGACAUCAGUCCCUGGAGGAGGAGUUUGAGCGGGCCAAGGCUGCUGUUGAGUCAGACACCGAGUUCUGGGAUAAGAUGCAGGCAGAGUGGGAAGAGCUGGCUCGGCGAAACUGGCUGACGGAAAACGAGCAGGCGCAGAUUCCCUCCACUGUGUCUCCGUACGAGAAGGGUUACUACUUCCACACAGAUAAUCCUUAUAAGGACUUGCCUAAUGCAUUCGAAGAGGGACUGAAGAAAUCCCGAGAGGGAGACUUGCCAAACGCUGUGCUUUUGCUGGAAGCAGCUGUCCUACAGGACCCUCACGAUUCAGAGGCCUGGCAAGUCCUCGGGACCACCCAGGCUGAAAAUGAGAACGAGCAGGCAGCGAUUGUCUCCCUCCAGAGGUGUUUGGAGCUCCACCCAAACAACCUUAUAGCGCUCCUGGCUCUGGCAGUGAGCCUGACCAACACUGGUAUGCGCCACGAUGCCUGUGAGGCCCUCCUCCGCUGGCUGAGACACAAUCCCAAGUACAAGCAUCUUGUCAAAGGCAAGACUCAUCUAACGGGAUCUCCAAACUCCCAGCGCAGGAUGUCUCACGCUCCCAACCUGGGCAGACAUGAAAGCUCCCUGCUACCAGAGGUCAAGGAGCUCUUCCUGGAAGCCGUUCAGCAGAACUCUGACAGCAUUGACCCAGAUUUGCAGACGGGCCUCGGGGUGCUCUACAACCUCAGCGGAGAGUUUAACAAAGCCGUGGAGGCCUUCAACACGGCUUUGUCAGUGCGGCCCGAGGACUACUUGCUGUGGAACCGCCUCGGGGCCACGCUGGCGAACGGCGAUCGAAGCGAGGAGGCGAUGGAGGCUUACACAAGAGCCCUGGAGCUGCAGCCGGGGUUUAUCCGGUCCCGCUACAACCUGGGCAUCAGCUGUAUUAACCUGGGGGCACACAGAGAGGCGGCCAGCAACUUCCUGACUGCCUUAAGCCUUCAGAGGAAAAGCCGGAGUCGCCAGCAGUCCCACCAGGUGAUGUCUGGAAACAUCUGGGCGGCUUUGAGGAUAGCUUUAUCCAUGAUGGACCAGCCUGAACUCUUCCAGGCUGCAAAUAUCGGCGACUUGGAUCUUCUCAUGCGGGCCUUCAACUUAGACAUUUGACGACCAGGAGGCAGUAAAGCUAACAUCUGCCCCCUCUUCACUUACUCUCUUAUUUCUACCCAACAGCCAAAAGUCCAAAGUGCACACAUCAGAAUGGACUGAUGGACGUCAGAGACAACAGUGUAUUUUUACGCACGUCCAAAUUAACUACGUCAAAGCUAUUAUAUUUUCACCCAAGUACCUCGGAGCAGGGGACAGGUUCUUCCAAGGGUUUGAAGGGACUGCUCUGUGUUGGAUUUGCACUGUAAUUUGUGAUUUCCCUGAAGAGCACAAGGACGGGCAAAGAUUGUACGAGCAAUGCCUUAGAGAACACAUCAAUUAAACCUGAGUCAUCCAGCGGAACAGAGCAGAGACGGCUGUACGAGCCUGACCUCACAGGCCGUUUUCACAGAAAAGAGGAAAAACGUUUCCCGAUUUCUCUCCUGAAGGAUUUAGUGAGCAAAGACUGCAGCAUAUAACUCCAGACUCUGUUCCUGGCUUAUUUUCAUCCUCUUUCAAUGGGAAAAUAACGAUACUGCAUGAAUAAGCAUUUUCAUAACUGGAUUCUUGUUUAACAUACUUUUAGAAAUUUUCCCUUUGCACAUAAACAGAUAUAACUUCCUCAGUCCGAGUGGAAUGUGCAAGCCAGGUCUGUAAAGCCUUACCCGAAAGCAUGCGACCAACAAUAUUUAUUUAUACUAUUUUUAUGAAAACAGAAAAAACCCACACUAAGCCAUUUUCAGACUAGUUUCAUUUUCUUUAAAUAACUGCUGUUUUUGAACUUGAAAGCUUUCUGAGCCACUAAUUUUUGUUUCGCUGGUUUUUUCUCUCCUUUUUUUUGGCUCCUAGCUCCUCUUUGUUCCCUUUAAGCUGACUGCAGAAACACAGAAAAGCUGAGCAACAGCAAUCUAUAAAACCUUCAUUAGUCUUUUCAAACUUUAGCAUAUGAAAACGUUAUUCUUAGUCUAAAAAUAUCUCUUUUUAUCUUCUUCUGCUAGUUCUGGGAUGGCGUCAGAGCUCCUAAUGACUACUGUACACAUUAUACAGUCCUUUUUAUUUUUGCUGACCGGUUUGUUUUCUGUUGUCUGCUGACGCCGUCACUGCCGUCUUUGCUGCUCCUCCAAAGACAGCAAGGCUCAUGCAUUUAAUAGUCAUAAUGCACGAUUUAAAUAUUUACGUAAGCUUGGGCAGAAUGCUGCACAUGUAUGAUGAACGCUGUUCGUUUCACCACACACUUCACAUCAGAUGUUCAAACUCGAGAUGGUUAUGCAUCUGCAGAAAACAUGAAUGCAGUGACUCUCCUGCUGCAGGCAGAAAGCUUUUCCUUACACUUUUUAGCUGACAGCUUCACUUGCAUCACUGCUGCUAGUUUGAAAGUCACUCUCUGACGUGAAUACCCUGUACCUCGCUGUGCAACAGAGUAAAUGAUAGAUAAUCUUCUGUACUGCAUAGCUCAGCACAUUCGGGUGUUUAUCAGGCGUGUCCACGGUCUGGGUGCUGCAGAAAGUGGUUUUAUUGUAGCUCCUAUGCAAAAGGUCAUGUUUUAUGUUGCCAUUCUGAAUUGUUGCGGGUCCCCGUCUGCCUCGGCGGACCGAAAGGAAGCGUCGUUUCGGUGUUUGGAAAGAACGCUAUCAGGCAGAACCAGAGACCAGAGCGAGAGCCAUUCAUCUUCCAAACUGUACAGCCGGGUGUCACGGUCUGUACAAGAAGAAGUGUUUCAUCGGGAAGUUGCCAGAAUGAAAACAAGUGAGAAUGAAAACAAGUGUGCUCCCAGGGAGAAAAGUGGUCAGAGGCUCUGACUAGAAGAAAGACUGAUCGACACAAAGAGUGCAGCCUUCUGCUUUUAGAGCCAGGCGCACGGACACGGCGUCUUUGACAUCAGUCGCAUCCAUCAAAUUCAUCCAUGUGUUGAGCUUUAUCAAGCUCCAUACAUUCUGUCCUUGUUGUCACACUAGCUGCAUUAAUAUAUUCGCGUCUGUGGCACUGAUGAAAAAAGAUCAGCUGCUCUACUUGCAGAUACUUAAAAAAUGUUGGCACAGACUCUAUUUAUCACACACCAGGAUAAACAGAUCAAACACUGGACGAGGAGUCAGAGAUACACAGCACAUAUGUGCAUGCCUCUAACAGUCGGCCUCAGAGGGGAGCGAACAGCGACUUUGGCAGUGAGGCCAGAGCAGGGUGCAUGCACAAAUGCAUCCACUGUGGGAGACUGGACGAUGAUAAAAGGUGUCCUUCACUGGAGCCAAUCAGGUUUACAUCAGGAGCUCAUGUUUGAUUUCUGUUUGAUUAGCAUUAAAUUACUGUGGGAGUCAAAUGUAAGCAUGCCUGUAGCUCCAUGCGAGGGUCUGAUGCCAGGUUGGCCCAGACUCAAAGGGGUGGCGUGAAAUUUGCUUCCAGCACGUCUCCAAAAACAAAAGUGUGACUCGGCCAGCAGAAUGGGUUUAACCAAAUAACUGCAAAGUUUGUGACGGCGCCAUGAACCUGCAUCGAGCUUUAGAGCCGUCUGGCUGUUAGCGUUUUAAUAUAAUAAAGUUAAAGCUCUGCAAUCCCUCACCUGCUUUCUUGGGUGUUCAGCCGCUGUUCUUCAGAUCACUGCCACACUGUCACACCUGUCAGUCGUAAUACUCUCGUCCAAUCACCUUCUUGCCCGCCUUCUUUGAGCCAAUUAGCUUCCACUCUGGUUUAAAUCUGUGCUCUUCAUCAUUCUCCCUUUCAGGCUGUCAUUUGCACAACCCACCUCGUCCCCAUCUCCAUUUUCACGUUCACCACCACCAGCGUCUAGACUCCAGGGGGUCCUGUCCUAAAUCCUGUUACUGCUGGGAUGUAAGACGGGUCACCAGAGUCUGAUCGCCAAAUACGUUCAUUUCUUUGUCAUCUUCAGUUCUUGAUCUCUCCUUAUUGAACAGGAGAUAUUAUCAGUAUGUCAGCAUUGCAGAGUGAGUGCUGCAUUUAGCUCCACUUUCAGGCUCACAGAGCAGCUGGCAUCCAGUGCACGACGCUCCCCCUUCAGUUUCCUUUGCUUUAACCCAACCCUGUAGUAGGUCUCUAUCAGCGAGUGGUUCUGCAGGCCAGGAGCUGUUCCACAUUCUUACCUGACAUGCCCGUCCUCCCAGGUGUUUUACAAAAUCUAGUUGUCUUAUGAGGCCCUCGCUCUUUUCCAUUACAGGUUACCACAGGUUCAUGUUUUUUUAAGGAAUCAUUGCUGGGCCACAACCUUCUUCUGCCGUCCACAUCAUCCCAUCAUGCAUUGAGAUAGGAUGCAGUUUUCUUUAUUUGCUGAACCUACUACUGUACCUUCUCAGGUGAACUGACCUAGCCUAACGCAUGCACCUGUGCAACAAACCGAGGCUGUUUGCAUGUUAGAUCCUUUACAUUUCUACUUUUUUAAUGACGUUUUCAUUCGUAUGCAUGACAUACAUGGAAGUGCUUUCUCUCUCGACCCCAAGAAAAGUAAAUAUAUCGUGAGGUUUCCUUGCAAUAUUGCUAUAAUGCACUUUUGAGUUCGCAAACUUAAACAUGAUGUAUAUAAACAGUAUGUAUUCUACACAAGAUGCUUUUUCUUGCAUGGAAGUGUGAGGCUCAAAAUAACGAGGCCCAGCACACUGCAAACAUACUUCAGCUUGAAUACUGGAUAAUCAUAGUUAUGCACAAAUGUUAUAUUUAUUACAAAUUACAAACACGUUUGUAGCCACUGCAAUGACCCCAACCUAUAAAGCUGUCUAGCUGUUAUUGCACAACUCUUAGUGCUGUUUUUAUGUAGACUUUCACAACCUGCUGCGACCCUUUAACCACUGUUUUUAUAAGGUUUUAAUGUUUGCAAGAAUCACUGCUUCAAUAGUUCAGUUUACACUGAAGAGGGAGAGUAAACGUGGACAGUCAUAAAACUUACACAGACUUGCUCACCGUGUCUUCUGCUGUGGAGACCUGAAGUGUUCAAAGGUGUUACGCAGUUUUAUGGAUUGAAAACAGACCAAAUACAAUCGUACAUGCUCACUGACUGCUUUGUUAGCUACACCUGUGCAGCUGCAGAGAUGCAGAUGUGAUUGUGAAUGUGGUUGUUGGUACCAGAAGGACUCGUGUGACUACUUCAGAGACUGUUGACUCCUCUAUAGUUUACACAGAGUCUGAAACAGGAGCAGCAGAUGUAGAAGAAGUGAACACGUCACCACAGCUGUCAGCUAACAGGAAACACACGGACCAUCAAAACUGAAGAUUCGAAACACGUCUGAUGCUCCUUGAUUCUCCUGACAUUCAGAUCAGGUCAGAGUUUGGCAUAAGCAUGAAAACAUGGCUGCCUGUGUCAGUGGGUCAGGUUGGUUGUGGUGUAAUUCUGGUCCCCUUGGUAUAAAAAUGAGCAUCAUUUAAACACAGCAGCCUACCUGACAAUGACCACGCUGAUAAAUGUUUCCAUUCAGCUACUUGAAUAAAAUAAGAUUUAAUUAUAUAUUGAAUUUAUUAAAAAUGUGCAGGGAUACUAGCAAGGUGUACCCAACGAACUAUCCAGUUAACGAUCCUAAUGAGGCAAUCACAUCUUUGGCUCCAGCGUGUUUCUAUUAACUGAAACAUGAAUAAAUACCCAGACACACAAAUAAUUCUUCAUUCUAAUGAAACAAUGAUGCUGAAAUAAAAAGGUCAAAAUAAGACUCCAGAGCAGGCACAUUAUUCUUCAUUUCACUGGAAUAACUUUGUUUUUGUGUCUCAAUGAGACACUUUUUAUUUGGCUUUGUCCACUUUUAUUAUCUUAAAAGAUUUGUGCUUUUAAAUGUUGGUGCUGAGGUGCAGAAAAUCAUAAAGCAUUUAUGAAGUGAUGGCUUCACUGGUUGGGCUCAUUACGGUUGCUGUUGCAGACUCCUCCACUGCUGCGGUUCAGAACUUUGUUCUCAUUUAUUUGCGUCACACGUAUAUGAAUCAUAUAUUUUGAGGGAUGAAAUUAGAAAUAAUGUAAUUUGUAUACAGCCACUCGUUUAUUGAAACACCUAUAAUGCAUAUUACUCUCCCUGUAUAAUCACGAGGACAGCAGUAGCACCUUUGGAACAAUAUGAAAGUAAUCUUUUAAAAUAAAGUGUUGUUAUAUAUUCGA